UUUCAGUCCAAGUGACUUUGAUCCUUGAAAACUAGGGGAGUGCAGGGCAGUGCUCUCUGAUCUUCUUGUAAUGCCUCUCACGUAAUCCUGGAUAAUUUGCAAGACAGUCAAGCCAUCUUGUCGUCUGCCUCGCCUGGAAAGCACGGUCCCAGCGACUUUGAUCCUUGAAAACUAGGGGAGUGCAGGGCAGUGCUCUCUGAUCUUCUUGUAAUGCCUCUCACGUAAUCCUGGAUAAUUUGCAAGACAGUCAAGCCAUCUUGUCGUCUGCCUCGCCUGGAAAGCACGGGUCGGGAGGAUAUACAUGUAGAUACUGAAGAUGCUUGAAGGUCACUUCCCCCCGGCACAGGAUUUCAUCUGCCAUCAUGGGGAUGCAAGGAGGAUUCUGCGGGCUGGAGUUUCCCUCAUAUUUCGAAGAUUUGAGGGAAAUUGUCACAACAGUAGAAACUCGACUUCGGCCAAUUCCUGAGAUCAGAAUGCACAUCUCGCGUUUCAUGGAUGGCGCCGACAUGGACGAGGUCUACCCCAGGCUAUAUCUCGGUGAUUGUGACGCUGCUAUGAAUGAACAGUAUCUUCUUCGCCACGGCAUCACAUACAUAUUAAACGCAGCUGGAAAUACGUGUGGACCUGCUCCCGUAAAGACAGGGCCAGACUACUACAAAGAUCCUUCCAUAGUAUAUUUAGGCCUUAAUCUUAUUGAUCUUCCAUUCAUAAACAUUUCCGUCCAUUUCGAAACUGGUGCCAACUUUAUAGAGGAUGCUUUAAGUUCUGGAGGCAAGGUUUUAGUGCACUGUCGCCAGGGAAGGUCGCGCUCGGCCUCCAUCGUGGCGGCGUUUCUGAUGAUCAAGCGCGACAUGGCGGCGGCGGCGGCGCUGACGCUGCUCAGAGAGUGUCGGGAGAUCAGACCAAACAACGGCUUCCUUCAGCAGCUGGCGGACCUUGACCUCAGCCUCUUCCGAAUGAGGUUGGAGAAGCUGCGCGAGAUGGAUUCGUCUUCUUCGGAGUCGGAAGACGAAGACGAAGACGAGGACGUGAGCUUGGAAACGGAGACGGGCUCGGAGGUGGAGAUCGAGAGCAGUAGCGAUGACGACAAUUAGAAGGGGGAAUAAAGCAGGAAUGGAAGAGGAGGGAUAGGAACAGUUGCUUCAGGAAGUGUCCAUACCCCCAGCGAUUAUUUCAUGGCAAAAAGUGGCAGCGUGUAAUUAGUAACGUAAUUAUCAGUAAACAUUCAUUCUUACCAACGGGCGUUCGUGGUAGGUUUGUAUACCAGACGUCGUAAUGGGAGGCAAUAUCCUGUAUAUGAAUAGUGAAACGAUUAAAACCUCGAUAAACAGGGGAUAGAAGAACUUCCUGAAGCAGUUGCACACCUAUAUACACACAUGCGUUCAUCGUAUACACAACAAUCACACACACAUACAAAAAAAAGAUAAAACAUAAUCAGUAACGAAGGGAAAGGAUCAUAUUGUAUUUAGUGUAUAUUUUAGGGAUCGUGUUCAUGAUUAGUUACGGGUAAAAAUGUAAUUGGUAAUUUAUCCAGAGAUUUUUUUUUUAUCAUUCAUAGAUUUUCAUGCAUUCGUUUUUUGUAUCUGUAUUUAGAUACAAAUGAGUGCUUUUCAGAGUGAAAGCGCAUAUAAAUCAGCAUUUAAUACUCUACUAAUAUUACUGUGUCACUAACUACCCCCUUUUCUGUAUUUCGUUGCUUUAAUUUAUAUAAUGAAUACAAAAAAGACAUCUCGUUUUAGAGAAGUAAUGAAAGAUACAGCUUUGUGCUGCUGUGAUAUGGGAAAAAAGACAUUAUCUGUAUUACUAGCAGAACAGGAGACAUACUGGAAAUGAAUAGGUAUAGUUUAGUGAAAUCACCCGUUGGAGAAUUAUGUAAGGGAACUCAUUUGUAUUUUUAGAAUUGAAAGAACUCUUUGGGGGGAAAAAAUAUAUGAUAGAUAGAGAUAUGGUAAGGAGGAAGGUAGUUUAUUAAGGUCAGUGAUAGAUGUCUUGUAAUUCAAAGUAUAUUGAGAAUUUACCGAUAUAUUAAGAUAUGGUUUCAGAAGCUAGGUUUGGAUGGAAACAGCGUGGAUAUAGUCAUGUCAGUAUAAUCCUUUUGUCUGAGGAAAACAAGAGCUGAAUCGUAAAAGUUCCCUGAUUUGAUUCACUGCCGACAUAACCGUCACUCACCACAGAACAGUUAUCCUGCGCAGGGAUUACUCUAUAUCCAGCAUACUUUCUGUCGGGAAAGUUCUCACAAGGAUUUCCAAGAUGUCCCCUCAUCAAUGCGCCAUAAUACUCAACCGUUUCACCCUCACCCUUUUAAACGCUUCACAGAGUUGUACUUGUUUCCUUCCUAUUGAUUAGUGGGACAGUACAGGGAUAUUAUGUACAGCUCAGCAGCCCCUUUUGGAUUACCCGUGACACGGAUUAAUGGAUCUAACAGUUCAGUGAAAACGAAAAUCUCUAUCUCACUUUUACCUCACCUGUUGAUCGGUAAGCUCGAACCGAACAAGAGUUUUACGUUCAGUUAUUAAAAGAGAGAAUCGAAUAAAUUCAAACGUCGUUUUAUCAGUACUACAAUAAAAAUGAUAUACGCUACGGCGCAUAGAUCAGAUUAAAGGAAAUAAAAGCUCAUGCUUGACACAUAUUAUAUCCGAUUUGAGUAUUGGAUUUAAUCGAAGGUAAAUGGAUUCUUUUCAUCCGCAGUCCCUUUGCUUGAAUUAAAAUUUACAUAUUUUGAAAUGAUAGAUUGAUUCAUCCUUCUCAUAUGAAAACGUUGCAAGGUAAAGGGAUGUAAUGCAUGAAAGACAAGUAUAAAAAAAAAAAAAAAUCCCGGAUUUCAUGACUUCAGGUCUGACGUCUAAAUAAAACUGGAUUAUGUAAAUCUGUGUUCUUAGAUCGACAUCCCUUUUUAAUUCAUACAUUAAUGGCAUUUUCAAAGCGAACCUCGAUUUCUGAUUCCUUAAUUCAUUUCUGUAUUUGUAUUUCUAAUUAGACCGUUGCCGUAACUUGUCAGUACCAGUAUGCUACUUACAUGAAUGAGACCCUGCAAUGUAAACUGAACGUAUCCAUUAAAAUUCUAGCAGAGAUUGUACCCUGAAACCACUGCUAUUGCAUUACAAGAUGUUUAUAGCUCGUUAAUUUCCAUCAGUGAAGCAUAUAUAAAGACCCACAGUGACUCCCCUUCCUCGGAAAGAGAAAUAUAUAUCUAUCAAGUCUGUUCCAUGACGUAAACACACUAGAACUAAUGUUGGAAAGAUAUAUUCAAUUGCAUUUCAUGGAAGAGAAAUUAAUGAUAUAUUAAUGUAAUACUGUAGUAGGUAAAACAUUUAGGCGGCCGUUGGUGUUAGUAAGGCAAUUAGGUUUUAUGAUAAUUAUAUUUUGCUCAAGAGUCCUUGGGAAGUUUAUGGUUGUGGAACAAUUUAAUCCUUACUGGAGAAUCAAAUAGACGAAAUAAUUAGAUUUCUUAAUUGCAUUCUGAGUGUUUCAUGGCAUUUUGUGAUGCAGAAGCAGCAAACUCUUACAUGAAAAUAUUAAUAGACGUAGUGUGAUUUCAUAGACGGACAUGUAGUGCGAAAAAGGAAUCUGUGAAGUGAAUUUGUUCUGUAUUUUUGAGUGUAUCAUUUAGUUUUCUCCUUUUUUUAGGUUAGGUUUUAGUGAAAAGAAUGAGAUCAUCAAAUGAUCAGUUUAUGAACUCAUGACUCACUGCAUUGAUAAAAAAAACAAAAAAAGAAACAUAUCAAUAUCUGUGCAUGUGUACGUAACACACACACACACACACACACACACACACACACACACACACACACACACACACACACACACACACACACACACACACACACACACACACACAGACACACACACACACACACACACACACACACACACACACACACACACACACACACACACACACACACACACACGCACACACACACACACAUACAUAUACAUAUACAUAUAUAUGAUACAUCCUUUGCUUGUCCCUGGUUUUCACAACAAGAAUUGACCUACCAAACAUUUUGCAUCACUGUCAUUGCAUAGUCUAAACAGAUUGAAGCGUUUUAUCGCAAGCCGAGUAAACACAAGGCCUAGAGUGAAAAAGGAUUGUGCAGCAUUUUUCUUCCUGUUUCAUUAAAUGGGUAGUUUAUUGCAAGUUAGAGAGAGAAGGAAAUGAAAAGCGUUUUUCAGAAACAGUUGGCGAUUGUCGUAGGAGCGGUAGGAAUUGCUUUUUUUUUCAUAUCGAGACGAAGAUGCCUUUAGUAGUUUGUUGAGGAUAACUAUUGUUGAUUGGCAGUUUGGUGAUGAUUAUGUGAAAUGCAGAGAUGGUUGUAUUGUAUUUAGCUUUUCCUGCAACUAACUUCCCAAGUGCAUCUUCGCUUUGAAAAUAAAAGAAGAAAAAAAUUAAUUGAGACGUAAUAGAUGUAAGUAUUCAUAUUAUCACUGCUUAUUUUUAAUUUAUUUUAAUUUAUUAUUUUUUUCUUCAUUUUGCAAUAUUUUUUUUAUUAUCAUUACACUUAUUUUUGUUUGUUUGUUUGUUUGCUGACUCCAUCCUUCAUCAACCUAGACUUUACAGUUUCUCAUGUUUAGUUGCAAAGACAAUCGUUUUGAUCGACGGUCUUUUCCCCUUAUGAUGAUACAAUGUAGUUUUUUUUGUGGAGAUAUUUAAGGUAUACUUUUAAGACAGAUGAUUGUAAACCUAGACACGUGCUUAACCAUGUGUUCUAGUAUUUAUGUUUUAUACUUUAAUUGUUCUCUUGUUCUCUUAUCAACAUGAUUAUUGUGUAUAAUGUUAUGCAUAUUAUAAAUAAACUGAUACUAACUCGCGUACAUGGGAUUCGUGUCGUACUAAUUCAAUGGAAAGCUGAACAAAUCUGGCAUUUCUUAGUGCUUAUGAGAGAACAAAGUGGAACUCACAGAAAAUAUAUUUACGUAUUACCCGUGAUGAGCACAGCAUUUCUUUGCAAAUUCGUUACUCUUUCUUCACUGUGAAUUAAAUAAACUUUUCUACUGUCUUUGUUUCUUUUCUUCUGCUGUGCACAAUUUCUUGCUGUUGUUUUCAUGUAAAAGUGUAAUAAACUUGAACAGUUCCA